AUGCCUCUCCUUUCCCUUAAUUCUUUACAAACAUUUUAUGUUUCUUCGAUACUCGGAUGGAUAACUAAUUUUGUUAUGGCUUGUAAUGCACCUGUACUUUACAAAUUUUGUAAGGAUUACAAAACUGCUUUUAAUGCUUUUUUUAAAAAGAAUGCAACUGUGGGCGUUCAAAUUAAACAUUGA